AUGCGCACUACGAUACCAGGUCGCUUACGCACGUUGCUCCUGACGCUCUCGCUCGUCUUCUCUGUCGCCACAAUCCAAGUAGCAUCAAGUUAUGAUUCGAGCUCACAGAUUUCACUCGAAAGUCGAGUGACCCUCGGCCCCGAAGGCUUUGUGUUGUCGAAUGGUGCGGGUCGACGACGUAGUGACGGUAAAACGAUCACCCAUAGCCAUUCUGCUGCCAUCGGUAACGUUUUGAACGCUAUUAAAGAUGAAAAACUCAUCGAAUUCACGCCCGCUCGAGUGGAUUUUGGAAGGGUGGAGACGUGCGCACUCUUCACACAAGACGUGCUGAUUAAAAACCGAGGACACGUGUCUAUAACGCUGGAUACAGUUGAUUUUUCCUGCGAAGACUUUUCGCUUGCAAAUGAUAUACGAAGCGUUCGAUUGGAGCCUGGCGAUCACUUUAACCUACAAAUUGUGUACGUUCCAAGUGAAGAGAGCGCUAACGGUAUGGAUACCCAUUUACGUCUCUCCACGACAUCUGGUGUCUUCUCAGUGCCUAUUACUACUUCAGAAAUUGUUCAAAAUCGCUAUGGUGUCAAAUCCCUUCAGGCACUUGCUUCCCGUGACCUACACUUCAGAACGUCGCUGGAGUUUACGAAUCCGUUGGAUACAACGAUUCGACUCACGGAUAUGUUCACACUGGAUAAGUACAUUGAUCUCGAAUUAAGACGUGGAAAUGAAUGGAUUCGAUCACAAUGGUUGCGAGAAGGAGAGGACAAGAAGGUGCCAGAGACAUCGGAAAAGGACGAUCUGGAACUUGAUAAUAACAGACGACUUAAUAAGAGACAACCUCACCGAGGCAGUUAUGAUUUACUCCCUGGAAUCACGAGUCCGCUGGUUGAAGUCUCACUGCCUAGAACUACGCCGGUGGGUGUAUAUAAAACGUAUAUUUUUUUUUAUGCAGGCAGCGAAUGUUUGCUCGUCAUACCUGUACGUAUUACUGUGUUGACACCAGGCGUUCAUGUCAUUCCCGACAAAAUUGACCUUGGAAUACUUCUGGAUACGACGGCUAAAAAUUCGCACGAAGUCUCGCUGAAUCUGUAUAAUGCGGGUGCGAAUUACAUUGAUGUAAUGGAACUUCUCGUGCUAGAGAGCAAUUUGGUUGUUUCGGCGCAAUUAUGGGAUGAAUCGUCGGUCAUUCCUCCCCAGUAUGAGGCAAAAGAUGCACUUACUGUUCGCAUUCGUGUCGAUACAAAAAGUAGUGGAACAUGCGUGGGAUCCGUAAUGUUGAGAACAAAUGCAUCCAGUGAUGAGUUCGGGCAACAGAUAUUGCUUGUGUACGGACACGUAAUACACGGUAGCUUGGUUUUUCAGCUUCACACGACGCACUUUGGAAUCGUAAUGCCGUUAGCGAAUGUUUUUCGCGACGAUCAUGUCGCUGAGGUCAUAGAAGAUGGCGAUGAGCUAUUAGCCAGGUCUUCAGAGAUGGCAGCAACUGAGCUUGUUUCUAGACUCGAUCAAGCCGGAUCAACCACAGUACUAGCCGGAACAACGGUGGUUCGGAAAAUCCGAUUUUGGAACCUCUUCGAUUCUCCCGUAGAAAUGCAGCAUGUUUGGAUGGAGCCCACAACAUCAGGACACGACGAAAUUUCAGUGUACAAAUUUACACAAGGUGAAGCUCUUACCGGAUCAUAUUGGCCCGAAGUUUUACUUGAGUUCACACCAGCUUUACAAAGCGGAAAGGACAUAAUAGUGGCGAGGUCAUACUUUUUAAUGCUGGAGACUAACGUAUCUCGUCACCGGAUCCAGCUUAGUGUGUAUCACGGCUUUUUGCGCGCAAACUCAACGAGAGGGCUUCAUCAGUACUCGGUGUCAGGCUAUUCGAGUGAUUCGGGCUCUCUUCCAUGCUUGGAAGUGCCAAAGAAAGGGCAAGAUAUCCGAGUUUUGCCGCAAAUUGAUGGUGGAGACGAAGUUGCAGAUGCACAGGCUGUUCAAAUCUGCCGGUCACUGGUCUUUGACUUAGGAAAAGUGGCGUCCCAUCACCCUCGCACAGAAGUGGUGAUGCUUAGAAAUGAUAAUCCAGUUCUUAUUACAUUAAAUGUCUCAAGUGUAUCUACAGGUGGCAUUGUUGGAGUGUCCAUACGAGCGGAUAUUUCUUUAAUCGAUCGUGAAUUUGCCGUAAGUGGGAGUCCGCCUUACUGGUACGAUGAAGUUGACAGCAAUGCUACUAGUAGUAACAUCACGAUAUCGACAGGGAAGCGUAUUGAGCUUCCACCUGGCUUUCAAGUAAAAUUUUAUGUACAAGUGUUGGCGAGCCAGUUAUUUCAAAGGCUUACAGCUCCAGUCAUGACUGUCGAAACUCCCACGGAAGCGUUCCAUUUUUACGCUCGACUUUGUAGCGUACAGGGCACAGUCAAACCAGUGACACAAGUCAUUAACUUGCCUUCGAUGUUACCUGUGCAUUCAAGGGAGAUUCACAUACAGUAUAACAAUACCUUGGAGCACAUCGUUACCCCACUGGAAGCUAGAGUCAGCAGCUCAAAUUUAAAAAUCUUGUCUAAAAAGAAUACGAUCGCGCCAAACCACGUUGAAAAUGUGCUGACCGUGCGUUUUUCACCCACAGAAAACUCAAGAUGCUUGGAUGCUUUAUUUCUCGCAGAUUGCUUCAUUUCGUUGCCAGAUUCUGUGUAUGAGCAGACGUUUACGCAGCUUUCGGAUUAUGGGGAUUUUGUGUCUUAUCACGAUCUAAAGGCAUUAAAAUAUCGUAACGCGCGUUGGGGUCGUAUACGUGACUCAAAGGUUCAUAUGAUGGUAGAAUCUCAGGUAUUUUUGCAAACAGAUAUCGUAGAAGAUAUCGCAGAAGUUACUAUCAAAGCGCUUCUUGAGCGUCCUCUAGUCACUGCAUUAGCAAGUGCCUCACUGCAAAAGAACAGUAACAUGUCAAGUGCGAUCAAUUUUGAGGUGACCGAGCUCCAUGAAAGGCGUCAAAUGUUUGUAAAUGUGCGCAAUCCAAGUCAUCAGACGGUCCGAAUGGAGCUGACAAUUGCCGAAACCGAUCGUCACAUGUUCUUUUCAUGCAAAAGUGAUACGGAUGUCAGUGCUGAUGGAGAAGUUGAUGAUGAAACUGGAAAAAUAUCUCCAUUGUGCUCAGCUGAGUGGAAUACAGAGAUUGACAAUGCCGUCGCCACAGAGUGGAUUAUGCACAGUGCUAGUAACGUUCCCCCGUUUUACUUCCGAAAGCGAAUUGUUCAAGUUCCCGCUGGAAGUGAAGCGCGACUUGGUCCCAUCUAUUACCUCCCAUCGAAAGUCCAAAACGUAAAUACGACGGUCUACGUUCGCAAUCGCCUCUCGCACAUUGAGGCUGUGUCUAUUCAAGCACACAGUGAUAAAGGUUUGCUGGCUGUUUCCGCUGACGUUGUAGCUGGUCCGGGCAAAAUUGUUUUUCUUCCCGUAAAGCGCAGUGACGUCUUCGAAGCAGACGACUUGGCGAUGUUUGAUUCUCACUUCGGAGAUCAAGCGCUGUUAAGCUUUCAUAUCUCAGGGGUCGACGCACUUACGGACUAUACCCAAAGUGCCAAUAUCCUGCUUACCAACAUAGGAGCACUCGGUUUAACUAUUCGAAGCGUGAAUAUCGACGAAUAUGUUGAUAUUUUCAAGGUGUUGUCGUCGAGGUCGAAGUCGUCGGAGUCAUCAGCAGUAGCGUCGCGAACGAAAGAUUUUGUGGUGUCAUUAGAAGAACAUACCCUGAAAUUUGACGAAGAUCGUCGUAUUAUCCUUCCGGCUAAUAAAACUGCGAGCUUUCGUCUCUCAUUUCGCCCAAGUUGCUAUGAGUCCAGUGUAAAAGGUUGGUUCACAAUCGUUUCUAGUGACAGUAUUAGACUGGUCCGACUUCAUGGCAGCAUUACAAAGGGUGCAGCUAUCUCAUGUUUGCGCUCGCGGACACCUUUGCGAUGGCAAAUUGGAUUAUACUGGGUCUGGAUGCUUGCGACUGCGGUGACCAUGAUGACUAUUUUUCAUACAGUAUCGAUUGCGUACGAUGGCCUGAGUUUUGAAUUACUACGUCGAUUUCAGCUUUUCAGACCCGAAGCAUCGACCAGCAAUGAGACGGUAGUACCCGAUCAAAAUAUAGACACAGCGAUUCUGAAUGUAAAACAGAAAAGGCCGAAAUCAUGCACAUUUGACACGAUCAGUCGUCGCCUAGAACAGAUAAAGCAGACAGGAUUUACUCCAUCAGCUCACGUAGAAACCCGUGCAGUCUCAAAGUUGAUGGAGCAACGAGUCAAAGAACUGAAUCUGAGUGAACGAUGCAGUUCGCCGUCUAAAGCUGUCCUUGAUGAUAAAGGUAAAAAAGAGGCUGCCCUGUCUAUUACCAAGGUACUAUAUAACGAGGACAAGGACGUCUCGUCUUCGCUUGUCGUUGAAAAUGACCCAGUAGGUGCUGGUGCAGCUGAACCGGGUGCGCGUGACACUCAAGGAAAUACUGUAAAAGAAGUAAAGCACAAGGACUACACAACCUCUACGCUUCCAGAGAUUCUUAAUGUUAAUGACCGCCGCAACAGUGACGCUGAAGCAAUUGACAGUAUUGACAAGGGAUCGAGUGAGAGCAGUGACGUGGGUUCAAGCAAAACUAGCUUUGAGUCGUACCAAAGAUCACCUUCAUCGUCGCCUUCGAGGACUGACCAUCCAGACGAUUCCAGACUUGAUGCUGUUUUAUCUGAAUGGUCACUUUCUUCUCUUGGCAAUCAGCCGAAACUUGUCACGACAUUACCACCUCCUCCUAUAGAUACUAGCUUGUCAACAAAGCCAGAAGAGCCUUUUGAGGCAUUCGAGUCAUUAUCGAAACGAUGGCGCUCAAAAGAUUGGCAGCAAAACUUAAGCAACUCUUCACUGUCUGGAAAUUUUCCGGAAUGGAGCAACUCGAUGUUGUUUAAUACGUCAAAAUCCGACUCGCUUGGUUUGACAGCUAGUGGUAAUCGAAGUAUCGAGACUGAUACAAGUGAGUUUAAAGUUGGCCCGCGGCUGAAUGGCCAUGAUUUUGCAGCAUCUGCGCCACGCGCAGGUUCAUUGUCAACAAAUUCGACGCCAAAUGCGGCUUUGAGAAAAGCUCCUCCUGGAUUUACUGCUGCAGAUGCUAAGCCUUUGGAGACGCAAGCAGCUUUUGGAUUUCGUCGAAACAAUGGAGAGCCGUCGCGCUCUCCAUUGACCCUUGACUCCACGUUUGCAAGUAAGUUGCCACUAUUCGGCCCACCGCUACUGUCGACGAGUAAUGAAAAUGUCACGCUCGGCAAUGUCGGCCGAAUCGGAAGUGGACGAUCGAAGGUGCCCCGUGGCGUCGACCAGUCGACAUUCGAAUAG